CUCACGUCCAACCGGAAGCCCAAAAAGAACGCUCGCUCACUCCAUCUUGUGUGCCUGCGUGCGCGUGUGUGUGUUCGUGUGAGCGCUUCCCCAUUCCAAUCAGAACCCUACAACAGGGACAAGGAGCCGCAGUCGAAAUUCCUUGGCUUCAGUUGGACUUCGAACGUUUAUGCGCGAAACGCGAAACGCAGCGAAUGAAGCGAGCGAAACGCGAAUUGCCGUCGCCAAAAAGCAAAAUAAACAGUGAGAUCCUAUUUAGAUCUAUAAAAAAUAAUAAUAAAUAUCAAUCGAAACUGGAAAACUAACAAGUCUAAUGGCCGCAUUUUGAUUAAUUAAACGGGUUUGCCGUCUUUAAUAGUGCGCGAGUGUAUCUGCAUUUGUGAGUGAAUAUUUUGGCAUCUUCAUGCUAAUAUAUAUCCAUCAGAUAUCAGCUGCCUCUGUGAACCUGUGAAUCGCGUGUGAUUUGUGGUGCUUUUGUAUGAAACACAACCAUUCAAAAUCAAAUCAAAGCUCACACAAAACACAAAAACUCACAAAACGAUCGCCGCUGUUGUGGAAACAAUAAAUGCGAUUUAAAAGCAGUUUACAUUUCUGUUUAAGUGUCCAACAAAAAGGCCAUUAGGUGCCAUAACUGCCAAUUGGCAUACGAAUCCUCAUUAGCAUACAUCAAACAAAGCAAUUGGAGAUCUGGACGGAAAGAUACAUUUACCCGCUGUCAAUCCCGAAUCAAUCUACUUCGGAUCAGCUAUCAACGCGCGACUAUCCCCAAUUCAGCGGUGACCAUCAGGUUGCCUCUGCUUCAGCCUCCGCCUCGGCUUCUGUCUCCGCUGCUGCCGCCGCAAAGAUGUAUCACAGCAGCGCCGUAGCGGCGUACACGGAUCUCGCGGCCGCCGGGAGCGCUGCCAGCGCUGGCGUCGGAGUCGGAGUGUCGGGCUACCACCACCAGCAGGCCGUGAACGCUCCAGUGUAUGUGCCCUCCAACCGCCAGUACAACCAUGUGGCUGCCCACUUUGGUGGCGCUGCGGCGGCACCGAAUGCCUGGACGACGGACACCUUUGGAUCGGCGCAUGCCCAGCUGCCGGCGCAGUUCUACACGCAGAACGUGAUGAUGGGCACCUGGCGUAGCGCCUAUGACCCUACGGGCUUCCAGCGCUCUUCGCCCUACGAGAGCGCCAUGGACUUCCAGUUCGGCGAGGGACGGGAGUGCGUCAACUGCGGCGCCAUAUCAACACCCCUGUGGCGUCGGGAUGGCACCGGGCACUACCUGUGCAACGCCUGCGGUCUGUACCACAAGAUGAACGGGAUGAACCGGCCGCUGAUCAAGCCCAGCAAGCGCCUGGUGAGUGCAACUGCCACCAGGAGACUGGGCCUGAGCUGCACCAACUGCGGCACCCGCACCACCACCCUCUGGAGACGAAAUAACGACGGCGAGCCGGUGUGCAAUGCCUGCGGGCUGUACUACAAGCUGCACGGGGUCAACAGACCACUAGCCAUGCGCAAAGAUGGCAUCCAAACGCGGAAGCGGAAGCCCAAGAAGACGGGCAGUGGCUCGGCGACAGGAGCGGGAACGGGCUCGGGAUCAAGCUCCACCCUGGAAUCCAUCAAGGAGUGCAAGGAAGAGCACGAUCUCAAGCCAUCUCUAAGUUUAGAGCGUCACGGCCUCGGCAAGCUACACACGGAUCUGAAAAGUAGCUCCGGCGCUUCCAGCCUGCUUGGCCAGCACCAUUCCCAACAGCAGCAGUCGGGGCACCAGCAACAGCAACAACAGGCGGUUCACCAGCAGCAGCAGCAGGCGGGAGGACACCAGCAAUGCUUUCCACACUACGGACAGGCGGCGACGCAGCAGCAGGCGCAGCACCAACAGCACGGACAUGGCAUGACCCCAUCCUCCGGCCAGUCGCAGCUGAGUGCCCGACAGCUCCACGGAGCGACCGGGGCGCAGCUCUACACGCCCGGCAGCAGCUCGGGUGGAGGCAGUGCAUCGGCUUACACCUCGCAUAGUGCCGAGACGCCGGCGCUGAGCAAUGGCACUCCCUCGCCGCAUUACCAGCACCACCAUCACCUAGGUGGAUCCCAUAGUCACCAUGUAACGGCGGCGGCGCAUCAUCAUCUGCACGCCGCCGCUGCGGCAGCCGCCUACGGGGUGAAGACGGAGGCCAGUGCCACCAACUAUGACUACGUGAACAACUGCUACUUUGGCGGAUCCUUUGGGGCACUCGGAGGAGCAGCUUCGUCAGCCGCCAUGGCGGGCGGAGCGGCCAGCGAGUUGGCCGGCUAUCAUCACCAGCACAACGUCAUCCAGGCGGCGAAACUGAUGGCCACCUCGUAAGGACAGACGGCCGGGCAUUUGGACAUGUGGAUACCGGCUCCCUGAUGUGAUCUCCCUCCUCCGCACCCACUGCACCCUACCUUGAAGCCUUCAUUGGAAUCACCGCAUUGAAAAGACUUUAGACCUUAGUCUCCCUUGGGCCCUCGUCGCUGUACCAUUUUCAUCCAAGUUAAAUCGGAAAUAAUACUUUAUAUUGGAUAGAAAUGGAAGGGCUUAACAGGGUUAGUAGGUUAAUACCUGCCACUUAAUUAGUAUCUGGCACUUAAUUUUAAAGUCCUGUAAAUAACUAUAUAGCAAUUCUCGUUGUACAAAUCUACUAUAUGUAUGUGCUUAUCGCUGGAGAUGUUCGUGUAUGUGUAAAGAUAUUGUUUAUCCCUUUGUUUAUGCCUAAGCUGUGCGUAGUUCUUUAUCAUAACUCUUGUUCAAUUAGUCUAAAUAUUCCAUGUGUACUCCGCACUUCCCCACCCAACACUUUCAUAGACCAUUUAGCACUAGGAUUUAUUGCUAGAAUAGUAUUAUUAUAACUCUUUAACUCUUUCUUUAAAGACCCAUGCUACGAGUAAAUAAAGAUUAUAUACAACAAA